AAAUUCUGACAUAUUCUAUACAACAUGGAUGGAUCUUGAAGACAUUAUGCUAAAUGAAGAUCAGUUCGACAGUUUAGACAAGCACACACAAUGGGGAAUUGACUUCUUGGAAAGAUAUGCCAAAUUUGUUAAAGAGAGAAUAGAAAUUGAACAGAACUAUGCAAAGCAAUUGAGAAAUCUGGUUAAGAAGUACUGUCCCAAACGUUCAUCCAAAGAUGAAGAGCCAAGGUUUACCUCAUGUAUAGCCUUUUUUAACAUCCUUAAUGAGUUAAAUGACUAUGCAGGACAGCGAGAGGUAGUAGCGGAAGAAAUGGCACACAGAGUGUUUGGUGAAUUAAUGAGAUAUGCUCAUGAUCUGAAAACUGAAAGAAAAAUGCAUCUCCAAGAAGGACGAAAAGCUCAACAGUACCUUGACAUGUGCUGGAAACAGAUGGAUAAUAGUAAAAAGAAAUUUGAAAGGGAAUGUAGAGAGGCAGAAAAGGCACAACAGAGUUAUGAAAGAUUGGAUAAUGAUACUAAUGCAACCAAAGCAGAUGUUGAAAAGGCAAAACAACAGUUGAACCUGCGUACACAUAUGGCUGAUGAGAAUAAAAAUGAAUAUGCUGCACAGUUACAAAACUUUAAUGGAGAACAACACAAACAUUUCUAUGUAGUGAUUCCUCAGAUUUACAAGCAACUACAAGAAAUGGAUGAACGAAGGACUAUUAAACUCAGUGAGUGUUACAGAGGAUUUGCAGACUCAGAACGCAAGGUUAUUCCCAUCAUUUCGAAAUGUUUGGAAGGAAUGAUUCUUGCAGCAAAGUCAGUCGAUGAAAGAAGAGACUCUCAAAUGGUGGUAGACUCCUUCAAGUCUGGUUUCGAACCUCCAGGAGACUUCCCAUUUGAAGAUUAUAGUCAGCAUAUUUAUAGAACCAUUUCUGAUGGGACUAUCAGUGCAUCCAAACAAGACAGCGGGAAGGUGGAUGCCAAAAGCACAGUAGGAAAGGCCAAGGGCAAAUUGUGGCUCUUUGGAAAGAAGCCAAAGCCACAGUCCCCACCCUUAACCCCUACUAGUUUAUUCACAUCCAGUACUCCUAAUGGGUCCCAGUUUCUCACAUUCUCCAUUGAGCCCGUGCAUUAUUGUAUGAAUGAAAUAAAAACAGGGAAGCCCAGAAUUCCUUCUUUCAGAAGCCUCAAAAGAGGGUGGUCGGUGAAGAUGGGCCCAGCACUAGAAGAUUUCAGUCAUCUGCCACCAGAACAGAGACGUAAAAAACUUCAGCAGCGCAUUGAUGAACUUAACAGGGAACUACAAAAAGAAUCAGACCAAAAAGAUGCACUCAACAAAAUGAAAGAUGUGUAUGAAAAAAAUCCACAAAUGGGGGAUCCAGGGAGUUUGCAGCCUAAAUUAGCAGAGACAAUGAAUAAUAUUGACCGCUUGCGAAUGGAAAUCCACAAGAAUGAGGCUUGGCUUUCCGAAGUUGAAGGCAAAACAGGUGGGAGAGGAGACAGAAGACAUAGCAGUGACAUAAAUCAUCUUGUAACACAGGGACGAGAAAGUCCUGAGGGAAGUUACACUGAUGAUGCCAACCAGGAAGUUCGUGGACCACCCCAACAACAUAGUCAUCACAGUGAGUUUGAUGAUGAAUUUGAGGAUGAUGAUCCUUUGCCUGCUAUUGGACAUUGCAAAGCUAUCUACCCUUUUGAUGGACAUAAUGAAGGUACUCUGGCAAUGAAAGAAGGUGAAGUUCUAUACAUUAUUGAAGAGGACAAAGGUGAUGGAUGGACAAGAGCCCGGAGACAGAAUGGUGAAGAAGGCUACGUUCCCACAUCAUACAUAGAUGUAACUCUAGAGAAAAACAGUAAAGGUGCAGUAACUUAUAUCUAAACUAACCAGGCAGUUUUGUGCCCUAGGAACAGUCACAUAAAAUGAAAUACAUUCAACAGGUCAGAAAAAAAUAAGAAAACUGAAAGGGCAUCACAAGUUAUUGUUCACUGUGUGAGAUGAGUACAGGCUGGGUCUUAGAGGUGCGAAUAUUGCCACAAGUAACUGUUUCUGUGACACCUUAUCAUUUGAGCAAUGUUGCUAUGAAGCUUAAUUGAUGCCUUUUGCUUUAUGUCCUGCUUAAGUCUGUGUGAAGGAUUUGUGUUUUUCUGCCCUAUAAAAGAACUUGAUUUAUUGGGCAGGAAUCCAUAAGUAGAAUGUUCCCUCACCCGCUUUAUGUCAGGAAACAGUGACUGUAUGAAUUCAAAUAAGUAAAACUGCUCUGAAAUGUUAUAGAAAGCUGACUCCCAAAAGAGUGGUUUGUUCUAGGAGUUUGAAUUCUUACCUUCAGUUUCUAGGAAGAAAAAGUUGGAUAAUUGGGUAAGAUAAUAAUGUAAUGAUUUUCAUUUUCCUCCUUAGUCUUUGUUUUCCUAAAGGAAGAAAAUAAGCACCGGAGUGUGUAAUCUAUUUAAGUAGUAGGCUAAUCAAGAGAUCUACAAAAUCACCUGAUCCAGCUCUUAUGAGAAUAGUUUCCUUUUGAGACUUGAAAAAAUUUUCAGGCUUACUGGUAAUUUUCAGUAAUGUACAAACUUCCUUCCAAAUGAAUCUCAUGUUCAUAUUUUUUAUCUUGAAAGUAUCUUUUGGAACUAUCAUUUUAGUGAUCAUUUAACAAUUACACAUAAGAAAAUAGAUUCUGUAUCAAUGAAGAUAGAGAAAAAUCUUGAAUGGAGGGAAAGCAUUGGCCAAAUUUACUUUUAGAAGAGAAACAAUUGUUUUGACUGAGUUGAAGGAAGAUAUCUAUACAACCAUUUUGUGCCUGAUUUUAGCUGGAUCACCAGUUAUUAGAACAGAUUAUAUUUCCCAUUAAUUUCAACAAGCAUUCAUUGGAAACACUGUACAAUCAGUGAUUGUGCAGCACUGGUUGUGUGAUCACUGAGUUAUGUGGGGGAGUAAAAAGGAGAUUUUAGAGACAUUGGGGCAGAUACUUUAAACUGAAUACCCCUUUUGGUCCUACCAAAGGUCUUCAGUAAUUGUUCUUUUCUUUUUCCUCCUGGACUACAGGUUCCUGAAGAGGGUUUCUGAGGAAAUGGGCAAGAUGUUGAAGGAGGUUACAUGCAGCUGCUUUUGGGGGGAGGGUAUUAGAGUUGUCAGGCUCAAAGAGAGAGUGAGAGAAGCAAGUUGCAUGAGUGCAUGCAGACAUGAUUAUUUUUUACUAACUUCAUUAGCAUUUCCAUACAUUAUUUUAAAAAAUCAUUGUAAUAGCAAUCCUUAAAUUCCUAGUUCACAAUUAUUCACAUGGAAGAAAGAAAAUAGCCAACAAUGGCUGACCCUUUUUCCUUUAUUUUACUGAUGUCCAAAUCAGAAAGAAUGCAGAGCUGUCAUAAAAUUUGUCUUAUACUUGGCCGUCCCAACAGGACCAUCUCUAUCCAGCUGUUUCAGUUCGUGUUUAGACCAACCCAUUGUCUGUUAGAAUCUUUGCCGUUUGUCAGUGUCUGCCUGCGCCACCUCCAUGCUUGCUUAACAUCCUGUUGCAUGUCUACAGUGACCAGACUUCGAUUUUUUCAGGCAUGUCUUUAUAAUCCCUUGUUCUUGUCAAAGCCUUUGUUUUGUUUUACAUUUGUAGUGGAAAUCACUUUGUCAAACAUCUCUAGCACUAAUAUUUCCAUCUUAGUAUUUUGUGUAUGUUGCUAUAACUUCCCCACUGCAAACAUUCCAGUUUUGGCAUUAUGAAGACGUAGUCUGUGAACCUGAAAUUUUUAAGAUAAGAAAAAGAAAACAUCUCUGCUCUAGCCUACUGCCCACUUGAAAGAACUCUUUGAAACAUGAUACAUCUUCAGCAUUUCAGUCUUGGAAGAAUCUAUAGUUAGCACUGAAGUCCUGGCAUAAUAAAUACAGAAGAUACCACCUCAAGACGAAGAACUGUUGUCAGAAGUCAGCUGCUUCCAUUCAAAUGCUGCCUUAAACUAGAGUGCCUAAAUCUGUUGAUUACCAACACUACCACUACAGUAUCCCACAAAGGGCUUUAUGUGUCAGCUCAGUGCGACCUCCUUUAACUCUGCAGCACUGCUGCAGCUGCCGAUGUAGCCUUGGUAGGUGGCUUUUAGAGCUCUACCAUGUACAACGGUGCAUCUUGAAAUUUAUGCAUCAAACUAAAGACAUGUUCCUGUCCAUUUUACUUUACUCUGUGUUUUAUGAGAGGUUUUAUGGACCUCCCCUCUUGUCUUUUAAUUUAGAGUUACGAUGAACUCAUUUGAUUAUUAGGAUGAUAGUCUCUUUUCAAGUGAUGCUUUUGUUUGAACCAGAUAAAAUUUAGUGAAACUUUGUAAUGAUCUAUGUGCACUUUUACUUGUAAAGUGGAAAUUUCUGUAUGUUUAUACUUGUAAAUAUAAUUGUCAUUAGUGCUCUUAUUGCUCAUGUUGUCCUUGCCUUGCAUUUGUGAUUUUGUUCAUGACUUGUAUCUGAACUAAUUUCUUAGUGGUGUUGUAAUAGGGGGAUGGGCUUGGGUGGGGGGCUAUUUGUACCACUAAAAGUUCUUUAAUUUGAUUCUUUACUGUUUUGAGAGGAGAAAGAACGUGAAAUGUUCUGUGUAUUAUUGGACUUUAAGCAAUAUUUUAGAAGCUGUGUGGCUGCUUUAAUUUUUCCCAGUGUUAUUUGAAUCAUACAAGUUAUACUAAAGCUAAAUGACAAUUGUGUGAAAGUUAAUGCCUUCAUAAGAUCAAGUACAGCACUGUUACACAGCUGACCUAUCGUGUAUUACCUUUGAGGCUAGUAAACUAUUAAGUUUAGAUAUUGAAUCUCAUUACAGGGUUAUUUAUAUAAUAUUACAUUAUUCAGUACUGACAUACUACAUGAAGUAGUUUUAAAGUCUAGUGCUAUUUUUAUUUUAAAGGUUAGCAGUGAGAAGGAAAUGUGAUCUGGUUAUGUUUGUCUUCUGUACAAAGCCUGAAGUGCUUAUGUUUUUUGGCUCGCAGCCACAGAGGGCAAAGUUUAAGGCUUUCUCUUAAGGACUAACUGUUCUUUUCAAGCUACUGUUUGUUUUUCUAAAAGCAGGAUUUGCUUCCGUAGGAGACAAGUUCCUUCAUGUGGAAUAGUGAAACCUGUAUAUAGGUUAUUACAAUAUGAAAGACAUUUGUACUUGCACAUUCUUAAAUCAUUCUUAAAUUUUGAACAUGUGAAUUGUCCAAAAGAAAUCUUUUAAUUUUUCAGUAAUUUUUACUCUUUGUGCACAUGUUGAUUUCUUAAUGGUAAAGGCUUUGUUAAAGAUAGUGUUCUCUGUUGAGAAUAUUUUCAUGGAAUAAAACAAUCUUUUCAUGGUCA